UAUGUAUGUGAAUAUACUUAUUUGAAAUAAAAUUUCAUAAAAACGAAAAUGAAUCCAUUUCACAAAGUUCCAUCGACAGAAACAUACUGAUAAAAAAAAAUCGUACGUAUCCACAAGUGUGUGACAGACAAUUCAAAUAUUUCGUUCGAGUUGUAACAAUAGUGCGAAGUUAAAUAUUUACAGCAUUAAACAACGAAACUGAUUUUCAUUGAAUUUGAAUUUUGAGUGAUUUCGCUCAACGACCAUUUUUUUUUUCGCUUUCAUUUCGACUGAAUGUUGAUCGGUGGGUGUGUGUGAAUUUAAAACUAGUCAUUUUCAAAUCGAAUAAAAAAAAAUUCGAGAAAAAAAGGAAUUCCGUUUCAAUGACGAGUACAAUUCAUCAUCCAGUUGCAAUUCCAUCGCGUGGUCUAAUUAUUUGUGAGAUGGAAGAAGAGUCAAGCGAACCAAAAACUAUACUUGAAAUUGGCGGCGUUAGUCGACCAAAACCAACGUAUAUUAUACCACCGCCACGAGCGCAUGCAUUGCCUACAUCGAUUAACAAUCAACCAUAUUUAGGCCAUUGGAAAGCUCAACAUGAUAUCGUAUCGCCACCAUAUCCAGCAUUCACUGAAUUUCAAGAGCAACGCAUCGUUCGGUUAUCAAAUGCCAACUGGUGCGGACAAACUGAUAAACUACCCAUCACUGUGACAUCAUCUUUUGCCACUAAAGAACCACUUCCGGAAAAUUAUAGCCCAAGAGCCUUAAAAAAUCCACACAUUGUAUCAUCGCUACAAACAACAGCGCUGUAUCAGAAAAAUGAUACAACGGUUGAUUCGAACGAAUAUAAAAAAACAGCAUGCGAUCGAGAGCGAACCCGAAUGCGUGAUAUGAAUCGAGCCUUUGAUUUGCUACGUGCCAAACUACCAAUUUCCAAACCGUCCGGCAAAAAAUAUUCGAAAAUUGAAUGCCUUCGAAUUGCAAUUAGCUAUAUUCGUCAUUUGCAAAGUAUGUUGGAGUAUUCACAGGAUCCAAAUCAAGAGCGAAUGACAACAUAUGAAAGUAAUUAUCCGGAUUUGCAUGCACAUGUAUGGAAAACACACAGUCAUCUUCAACAACAUUUGGGAAUAUCACCGCUACCACCAAAUGUACCAUCUUCAAGUAAUUCGGCUUCUCCAUAUUUUACAUCUUGAAAGAAAACUGUUUCGUACAUUCCUUUUUUAUAAAAAAAAUAAGAAAUAAAAUACGGUAAAAAAUAGAAUUUUUCAUUGAA